AUGAAGCCAACUCUUGUACAAGCACUUACUCUUUGCGCCAUCCCGACUGUCUUCGCUGCCGCGGUCCCCCUUAGCUCCACCACCCACCAAAAGCCUGUAGCCCAGAUUAAAGUUAUUACCGAACCAGAGGGCGCGCUUAAGAUUCCCGGCCACAAUAAUGCUACUUACGGCCCAGUACCCAAGGCCUGGCAACUUUUUAAGAUUGAAUUUCUUGAGAUUGCUCCAUCGCCCAUCCCCGUCAAUCGGAUCUUCUUCACGCUCCUCCGGGGCGAGAUCUCUCUGUCUAAGACCAAAGACCCUGCGCAUCUUGACAAGCUCCUUACCAGCGCAACCCUCACCAUAACCAGCUCCGCCAUCCUGUUAAAUGGUGAUCAUGAGGACACGAAGAGCUACACUGUACCCCUCCGCACUACAGCAUUUGGUCCGGCUCACCUUUCGAUCCGCAAUGCCACUGCGUAUGUGGAGCAUUUGAGCAGCAGCGGCAGUAACGAUAUCCUAGUCGACUACUGGAUUCCAGGUAUAUUCCUGCGAACAGGAACGUGGACCUUUGAGGUUGUUGCUGAGCUUGAAGAUGGAACUUGCUUGUUUGCGAUGUCACUGACGCAAUGGUUAGAGGGCAGGGCGAAACGGUAA